AGGAACGAUGGGUUUUUGCUGGAGCGGGGAGUGUGGCGGCAGUUGCCGGGCAGGCCAUUAUAUGCCCUGCCAUGCUGGUUGGGUGGGCCCCACUGUGCCGCUCUGCAUCUAUGGUUUCUGCUCCAUGAUGAGGCCUAUAGAGCCCUUCAUGACAGAGUUUCUCACAGGAACGUACAAGAAUCUCACCACCGAGCAGGUGACGAGACAGGUUUAUCCUGUGUGGACUUAUUCCAGCCUGGUUCUCCUCAUCCCGAUCCUCCUGGUGACAGACUUCCUCAGGUACAAGCCUGUACUCAUCCUCCAGGGGCUCAGCUAUGUCACAGCAUUUCUGCUGGUGUUAGUUGGCUCGGGGGUCCACUCGGCUCAGUUGGCCUUCUUCAGCUACAGCAUUGCCAUGGCAGCGGAUGUGGCCUAUAUCUCCUACAUUUACAGCGUGGUGCGGCCUAGCUACUAUCAGAGAGUGACCAGUUAUGUCAAAGGUGCAAUGCUGCUGGGCUACGCUGUGGGUGCUCUGCUGGGCCAACUGCUAGUGUCUGUGGGUGGGGUGUCCUUGUAUUGCUUAGCUGUUGUGACUGUCAUCUCUGUCUCUGUGGCACUGAUAACCAGCUUUUUCCUGCCCAUGCCUAAAACUAGUUUAUUUCUUAAGGGCACACAUUCUGCACAACAGGGAAGCUCAGGCGAAGACAGUCACGACUCUGAAGGACAAGACUUUUGCGCGACGGCCGCCAAGCAUGUUGGGAGGAUGUUCAGAAGGCUCGCGUCGGACUGUAAGAAAUGUUAUUCCUCCGUGGCUGUGCUCUUCUUCUGCAUAUGGUCAGCUACAGGGAAAUGCGGCUUUUACCAGGUCACGGGGUACGUCCAGGUCCUCUGGGCGGAUAUGCAGCCUCACAACUUCACAGCCUACAACGGAGCGGUAGAUGGCAUCAGCACAUUAAUAGGAGCUGCAGCCACUGUCGCUGUGGGACACGUGUCUCUGGAGUGGUCUGUGUGGGGGGAACUGGUCCUGGGGGGCUUCACAUUCCUGAUCGCUGGGGCUUUAUUCCUAAUGGAUCUGACUGACAACAUCUGGGUCAGCUACACGUUCUACUUCCUCUUCAAAUCAGUUUACAUGCAGCUCAGCACCAUCUCCACUUUUCAGAUAGCCAAGACGCUGAAAAGGGAGCGCUAUGCGUUGGUAUUCGGCAUGAACAGUUUUCUGGGCACAAUCCUCCAGAGUGUCCUCACCGUCAUCGUCAUCAGCUCCAAGUCUCUACAGCUCACCAUUACCUCGCAGUUCCUGAUCUACGCUUCGUACUUUGUUGCCAUUUCCCUGCUGUUCAUAGUCAGAGGUGUGUAUACUGUGCUCCACAUGAAGCGUCCCGCUGGGGGCAACCAGGCAGAGAGAGCCACCAGCCUGCCAGACGCCCAACGUCUGUGAAGACCCUCCAAAAUAAAGAGGAUUUUUAACAUAUUUGUCAUCAAUUAUUACAGCAGCAGCAGCAACAUGUACAUCAAGAUAUUCAAUCAAUUAAAAAGUGACUGUGGUUGAGUUAUUUAUCAGUCUGUCAUCAGCAGGAUUUAACUCAUCGAUUCUACAGACGUGCUGUGGCUGAAAUAGUGAAAGUGUAAUCUCUAAAUGUGUCCACUAGAGGACACUACCUGCACAAUAUAAAAUAAGAAUAACACCACAGCUCUGUGGUGGUUUAAUCUGAACACAGAAAUGUUUGACUAUCUAUGUAAUGUAUGGUUUUAAAGCAAAUAUAACUAGUAUAAAUAAGUGAACCGUGACAUGUUUUAGACAGCAAUGUGUCUUAGAAGUCUUUCCAAGAUGCUGACGAAAUCUAUUUUGUUUCCAAUAUUUCUUUGCAUGUAUCUAUGUAUGUUGUGUGUUCACUUAUGUGUAAAUAAUUCCUCUACAACCAGUCUAAUAAACUAAACUGACUGACUGAAACUACUUAUCAGGCUGGCAGGAUAAUGUAUGUAGGCUCUGUUACAAAUACUGCACAGCCUCCCCAGCACAAAC